AUGGAGUCGGGGUUGAUCAAAGUCAUAAGUCAAGAUGUGGUGAAACAAGAUCGCACGAGCAAGAGAGGUGAAGUUGCCGGCGAAGCCAUUCACAAUGUAGAGUGCGCUGACCAGGAUGUGGGACUUAGUCGCCAGGGGAAUAUGGAUCAUUUUUUCGCUGCCUCCUCCGCUCUCAUUAUUGCAGCGCUAUUAGAGAUCUCAAUAUUAUAUUAUUUGAUGGCAUCGAUAUUCUUAGCACUGAAUGGGAACACUGCAAUGUUUCUUCGGAAUGCGUCUCUUGGUUAUUUUGGAUUUGUGGCUGCAAUAUACUUGGUCCUCUUCGCUGCUUCGUCAACUUUUUCAAGCCACGGAAUUGUUGCAGCAUCACCCACAUACAAUGUGGUAAACUAUGGCGCGACUGGAAGUGGAGACGACGAUGAUGCCCAAGCCUUUGUGAAAGCUUGGGAAGACACAUGUGGAGACAGCGGAGAAAAAGGCACACCAACUUUAGCUGUUCCCGGUGGGAAGAAGUUUAGACUAUCUCCUGUCGCUUUCAAAGGCCCAUGCAAGUCUUCAAGCAUUAACGUUCAGAUUGAUGGGACUUUAGUUGCUCCUAGUUCACUAAGUGGUUGGAAAGGCUGCUCUUCGGGUAGAUGGUUGAAUUUCCAAGACGUGGCCAAUCUCAAUGUCAAAGGAUCAGGACAAGUCGAUGGCCAGGGAUCGCUUUGGUGGGAUGGAGCAAAGGGAGGCUGCGAGAAGCGACCAACUGCCUUGGGCUUUUUAAAUUGCAUCAAUCUGGUCCUAAGUGGACUGCACCACGUUAACAGUCCAAGAAACCACAUCUCCAUCAUUAAUUGUCAUAAUGGUAUCAUCUCCAAUCUCCAUAUAACCGCACCCGAAAGUAGCCCUAACACAGAUGGAAUCGACAUUUCUCGCUCUAAUAACCUUGACAUUCACGACCUUGACAUUCAAACAGGGGAUGAUUGCAUCGCUAUAAAUGGUGGCUCCAGCAACAUUAGUAUCACCAGAGUUUCAUGCGGACCUGGCCAUGGUAUAAGUAUCGGAAGCUUAGGAAAGAAUGGAGCUUACAAGACAGUAGAGCAGGUACAAGUGCGGGAUUGCACCUUCAGGGGAACUACCAAUGGAGUGAGGAUCAAGACUUGGCAGGGAGGUUCGGGAUAUGCCAAGAAUAUUAUUUUCAAUCAAAUCAAGCUCGACGCAGUGAGUAACCCAAUCAUCAUCGACCAAUUUUAUAAUCCCGGAGGAGCUCAACUGAAUGAGGCAUCCAGCGUGGUGGUGAGCGACGUGAGUUUCACCAGCAUUCGAGGGACCAGUGCUUCAGACCAAGCCAUCACACUCAGCUGUUCGAGCGUAGGUUGCUCGGAUAUCACAUUUGACAACGUCGACAUAACAUCAUCGAAGCCUGGAGAUACGGUCACUGCCUCGUGUGAGAAUUGCCAUGGAUCAGCUACUUUGACCACACCUCCUGUUCCUUGUUUAAAUCAUUAG